AAGCGGAUUCCAUUCCCUCCAUUGACAUCCGAUUCCAGUGUCUCCUCCCCAAUUCCGAUCCAGUCUCCUUACCCCUCCCGCUAUAUAAAUCCAAACAAACACUCUGACAAAGCAUUCAAUAUUUUACUACUUUUAUCACAUCGAGGCCAAUACAACGACUAUCCCCUCCCCUUCCCACCGAUUCAAAUGGCCCCCAGUAACAAAACAGAGAAUCAGAGCCGCAAAACCAUUAAUUAGCCCCGAAUUUCACACUUCAGAACUUCAAUUCCAGCUCUAGAUUCAUCAAUUUCAGAAUCAGAACUCAACAAUCGGUUAUGGCGAUGGAACGAACUUCUUCAAACAUUUCACGAGAAGAUGAUCAGCAGAACGGAAACGGAGAGAAGAGAAACACGGACGCGGCGGAGUUGGAAUCGGUUGAGAGGAUAUUCGAGAGCAAGAAGGUUCCGUCAUGGCAGAACCAGCUUACACUUCGGGCUUUCGUCGUGAGUUUUAUUUUGGGGAUUUUGUUCACUUUCAUCGUUAUGAAGCUUAAUCUUACCACCGGAAUCAUUCCUUCUCUCAACGUCUCCGCCGGACUGUUAGGGUUUUUCUUCGUGAAGACUUGGACGAAAUUCCUUGAUAAAUCUGGUUUGCUGAAGCAGCCUUUCACGAGGCAAGAGAAUACUGUGAUUCAGACGUGCGUCGUUGCUACCUCCGGCAUUGCUUUCUCCGGAGGAUUUGGUAGUUACUUGUUUGGCAUGAGUGAAAUUAUUGCCAAACAAUCACAUGAAGCAAACGCUGAACAAAACACCAAGAACCCUUCUCUUGUUUGGAUGAUUGCAUUUCUCUUCGUUGUUAGCUUCCUUGGCCUCUUUUCCGUUGUCCCUCUUCGCAAGAUAAUGAUUAUUGAUUUCAAACUGAUUUACCCAAGUGGAACAGCAACAGCUCACCUUAUCAACAGUUUCCACACUCCCCAGGGUGCCAAGCUGGCCAAGAAACAAGUGAGAGCUUUAGGUAAAUUCUUUUCCUUUAGUUUCUUAUGGGGCUUCUUUCAAUGGUUCUUCACGGGUGGAGAUGGAUGUGGAUUUUCAAGCUUCCCAACAUUUGGUCUUAAGGCCUAUGAAAAUAAGUUUUUUUUCGACUUUUCAGCAACUUACGUUGGUGUGGGCAUGAUUUGCCCUUAUUUGAUCAACGUAUCUUUACUAGUCGGAUCAAUCCUUUCAUGGGGUAUAAUGUGGCCACUCAUAAACGAAAAAAAAGGCGAUUGGUACCCUGCAGAUCUCAAGUCAAGCAGUCUACACGGCCUUCAAGGUUACCGGGUAUUCAUCGGUAUAGCUAUGAUCCUUGGAGAUGGGCUCUACAACUUUGUAAAAGUCCUCGGCCACACAUUAUACGGAUUAUACCACCAAUUCAAAGACCAUAGAUUCAACCCCAACACCCCUAUAACCGGCAACUCUCCCCCGGACCUCCCCUCCCUAUCAUACGACGACCAAAAACGCGCUCGCUUAUUCCUCAAAGACCAAAUCCCAGUAUGGAUCGCCAUCACCGGCUACCUCACCAUCGCCAUCGUCUCCGCCGCCACUCUCCCCCACAUCUUCCACCAACUCAAAUGGUACUACAUCGCCACAAUUUACAUUUUCGCCCCCGCAUUAGCCUUCUGCAAUGCCUACGGAUGCGGCCUCACCGAUUGGUCGUUAGCUUCAACCUACGGAAAGCUCGCGAUUUUCGUAAUCGGUGCAUGGGUCGGCGGCGAGAACGGUGGGGUUCUAGCGGGGUUAGCCGCUUGCGGUGUCAUGAUGAAUAUUGUCGCCACCGCGUCGGAUUUAACGCAGGAUUUCAAGACCGGGUACAUGACACUGGCGUCGCCCCGGUCCAUGUUUGUGUCCCAAGUGGUUGGGACCGCGAUGGGGUGUGUCAUUUCCCCGUGUGUCUUUUGGCUUUUCUACAAAGCGUUUGACGACCUCGGAAUCCCCGGUUCCGAGUACCCUGCGCCGUACGCGUUGGUUUACCGAAACAUGGCGAUCCUCGGAGUCGAAGGGUUUUCGGCGUUGCCCUCUCGGUGCCUUACGCUUUGUUAUAUCUUCUUUGCGUUUGCGAUUUUCGUGAACGGAAUCCGUGAUUCCGUCGGGAAUAAUUGGGCGAGGUUUAUUCCGAUUCCGAUGGCGAUGGCGAUUCCGUUCUAUAUCGGAGGGUAUUUCGCGAUUGAUAUGUGUGUUGGGAGUUUGAUUUUGUAUAUUUGGUCGAGGGUUAAUAAGGCGAAGGCGGAUGCGUUCGGGCCCGCGGUGGCUUCGGGGUUGAUUUGUGGCGAUGGGAUUUGGACACUCCCGAGUUCGAUUCUUGCUUUGGCGGGUAUUAAUCCUCCGAUUUGCAUGAAGUUUCUUUCGAGAUCAAGUAAUAUUAAAGUUGAUAGUUUUUUAAAUCCGUAGAUUGUUUUUACGAAUAUUUUAGGUUAUACAAUUGUAAAAAUGUUGUUUGGAAAAUGAUCGUGUGUCUUUUUUUUUUUUUUUUUAGCUUUAUAUAUGUUUGAAUUUGGAUUCGUGAGCUCGAUGUUAUUGAAUAUUGAAAUGUGUUCAGUAAUAAAAGUUUCAUUUUUAGUCG